AUGGCUCCUAAAGCCACUAAAACAGAUGCCAAGGGAAAUAUCAAAACAUUGGCAGAGCAGUUAAAGCGGAUUCUGGACCGGACCUACUCUUUGCAGCAACAGCUCAAUGAAAAAGCCGCAGAUGCCACGAUCCAUGACAGCAUUUUCCCAGAAGACCCAGGAUUGAGACUGUGGGUUGGUGCAACAUUAUAUGCAACUGGGAUGGAAAUGUACCAGCGAGUCUUUGACAAACUCGGCUUUCAGGAAGCCGAACGGGCAUAUAGCGAAUUUGCCGUGCUCAUCAACAUCGCUCUCAACAUCCCCAAGGGAGUAUGGCCAAUCAACCGCACCGCCUUCUGGGCUUACUGGGAUGAGAAUGUUGAGAAGCUGGAUGUUGAUGCACGAGUGCGGCCAGUCGUUCACGACCUAGAGGCUUUCCACAAGACACCUGGCUGGAUCAAAGUCAGCAUGCCGUUCAUUAGGAACAUUACUCCCGAGAUGCUUCCUCCCCAUGUUCGAGAGCAGUAUGGCUUCCAAUCAUCGUCGACUAGCCGCUUCAUGUAUAGACUGUGCAUGGGUGGAGCACGGGCAAUAUAUCCAGCUUUACCGGGGGCCUUUCGGUGUAUACCGAAGAAGCAGGCAAUGAAAGAGGUAGAGAAGAUGCUCCGGGAGCAGUAA